UGUAGGAGACCAAAUAGGUUGGAUCACUUUGAGCAGCCAAAAUAGGUUCUUCGGAUGUAUAGAAGUGGAAAGCAAAAGGCCUACUUGUACGUGAUACGACACUCCUUUGAGGGUGUAAUAGAAAGCUUCGCCAUUUUGAUUGAUGCAGAGUUCGCCUCAUUCCAUGCGUUGUUGCACGACAAUUAAGGACGGGACUGGCCAUGCUAAGUUGCAUCGGUCCAGCCGCGCGUGGCAGAAGCCAUGCGCAUCAGCAUGACCGACGCCGCCAACCUCCUCUCCUACUACUUCCACCUCCUCCAUAUCUCCCCCUCCCUUCGCCACCUUCGCCACCUCCAUGCCCGCCUCCUCCGCACCGGCCUCUUCACCAACGUCAUCCUCUCCUCCAAGCUCCUCCUCUCCUACUCCCGUCGUCGCCGCCUCCUCCCCUGCGCCCUCUCCGUCUUCCUCCACAUGCCCCGCCGCAAUUCCCACUCCUGGAACACCCUCAUCGCCGAGCUCUCCCGCUCCGGCCGCCCCCUCGAAGCCAUCGGCUUCUUCCACAGGAUGCGCUCCUCCGGCGUGCCCGUCGACGAGUUCACCUUCCCGCCCGUCCUCCGCUCCUGCGCCGGCUCGAGCGACGCCGCCGCCGGAAUGUCCGUCCACGGCGUGUCCGUCAAGUCGGGAGUAGAGAGCAGCAUCUUCGUCGCCUCGGCGUUGGUCUUCUUCUACAUGGCACUGUCGCGGACAUCCGACGCACGACAGCUGUUCGAUGGAAUGCCGGAGAAGGACGCGGUGUUGUGGACGUCGAUGCUGUCGGGGUAUGCCCAGAACGGGGAUUCGGCGUCAGCCUUGGCGUUCUUUAGGAAGAUGGUGGACGGUGGGCUGCAACUUGACCAUGUGGUGUUGGUGAGCUUGCUGUUGGCCUGCGGGCAGUCGGGAUCGAUCAGGCACGGGAAGAGUGCGCACGCCUGUUGCGUUCGUCGGGGCUUAGGGUCGCCGUUGACAUUAUGCAACGCUCUCGUGGACAUGUACGUGAAGUCCGGCGAUUUUGGCGCCGCCGAGAGGGUCUUCCAUGGCAUGCCCGCCCGGGAUGUGAUCUCAUGGACCGCUCUGAUACUCGGCCACGGACUGAACGGCCAUGCAGAUGUGGCCCUGAAGCUGUUCGACGAAAUGUGCACGCAAGGGAUACAGCCAAAUUCGGUAACUUUUCUUGGGGUGCUGUCGGCGUGCGGGCACGGAGGGCUCGUGGAGAAGGCAUGGGGUUUCUUUGGUUCGAUGAGACAGUGUGGCAUAGAGCCGGAGCUGAAGCAUUACGCCUGUGUGGCCGACGCGUUGGCGAAGGCCGGCCGGUUGGUGGAGGCGGAGAGGUUCGUGGCGGAGAUGCCGAUGGAGCCGGAUGAGGCCAUACUGGGAGCUCUGUUAGCGGGAUGCAGAGUGCACGGCGACACGGAGGUAGGCGACAGAGUGUCGAAGAGACUGAUGAGGAUGCGCCCGGCGAAGAGUGGUUACUACAUGAGCUUAGCAAACAUGUAUGCAGAUGCUGGCAGAUACAGCGAUGCAGAGAGAGUGAGGGAAUUCAUGAAGGAAAGGAGUGUGAACAAGCAGAUUGGAUAUAGCUCAGUCGAUUCGGAAAGUUAGAAGGGGCUGUAAAGUUGUGUCAAAAGAAAAAAGAAAGAGAUGCUGUGACAUAUUUAUGGUACUACAAUGGCCAUUAAUUCUCCAUUAAAUGAAUUAAACAGUGUCUUACUGUUCAUAAGUACACACUAGUAAAGCCUUUUAUGCAUCUACACAGUAGUUACAUGA